CAACACAAAGUAGAAAGCGACCUCAACUGGAUUCAAUGAAAAUCAUGCAACAAGAAAGAGUACCAAUGCAAUCUAAUCAAAAUCAAAGGUCAUCUGGCUUGGAAAAUCCUCAGUUGAACAUAAGCAAUUCUAUUGUGCAGAGUAGACCCUUGUCCCAUGGCCCAAAACAAAAUGAAGGUGACGUUGGUAUCCAUACAAAGACAGUGCAGAAGAAAUCAACGUUUGCUCCUGGUUCACUUGGUGCUGAUAUGAGACUUAAAGCCAGAAUAAGAGAAAAAGAACUUCGAGAUAAGAAAGCAAAUGCAAUAAGAGAAAUCCAAAUUCAAAACACCUUAGAGGGACAAUAUGAGAAUUAUAGGAGCUCAGACGAAAUUGAUUCGGAACAAGGAGAAGAAGAAGAUGUAGAUUGGGGAGAUUUUGUGCAUGCUCAUAAUGACGAGAUACAAGAACACAUAAAUGAAGCACUUCUCAACCAAGAGCAAGAAAGAGAAGAAGGAGCACCUACGAAAGGAAAGCGAACUAGAGGACCAACUAUGUGCAAAGAUGUCCAUGCAUGGACAGCAGAGGACCGCAAGCCUAUUAUUCUUAAUGAAAUGGGGAAGCCUAUUGGUCCAGAUAAGAAAACUGUAGACAAAUUUUCAAGAUUCCUUGGUACUUUAGCUCGUAAUUCUUCUCUAGCACCAUUGAACAAGCUUAAUUGGCAUCAUGUUGUAGACAAGGACAAGAUUUGGAGUUAUGUUAAGAAAAAAUAUAUGAUAUCUGAAGAAGGUAAAGACCCUGUGUUGGCAUCAAUUGGGAGGCUUUGGCGUAAACAUAAGUGCAUCAUAAAGCAGAGACACUUUACUCAAUAUGACAAUGAUAAUGAUAGGAAAAAAAAUGCUCCGGAUACAAUGCCAGCUUCACAUUUCAAGGAUUUGCUAGAAUUCUGGAAUUUGGAAUUAGUACAGAUACAGAGUGAAAAGAAAAGAGAAAGCAGGUUAAUUCAAACUGAUAGGCACACUAUGGGUCCAACAAGCUUUGCUAGGAAACAACAUGAAUUGCAACAACAAGAUGCUGAGAAAAAGCCACCGUCACAAGCACUAUUGUAUAAAGAAACUCGAAAAAGGAAAGCAGACAAAAACUACAAAACAUCCUUUGAGCCUAUACAAAGGAACAUUGAGAAGAUGGAGGAGGUCCAAAAGGAAAGUCAAAUUAAUGGAGAUGAUGCAUAUUAUAAAGUUAUGAAUAAAUCAGAAAAGUUGAAGAAAUGUGCAAUCAAAGGAAAGUGUAAGGGAGAUUAUGUGGGCGGUGUAGUCAUUCCAGAUGAGUUUUUGCAAUCAUAUAAAGACCAAAUUGUGAAGGACACUGUUAGAGAAGUAAUGAAAACGUUCGAGCAACAACUUGAACCAGGGAUGUUUGCUAAUUUGUCUCAUUCACUUGAAAAUGUGUCCACUAUUCAUAAUAUUACAAAGCAUCUUCAUGAAGGCACUACUGAUCAAGAGAAGGAUAAGGAUGAAGAGAAUCAAAAUGAUGAACUGGAGUAGCAACACAUGAAAUCGAGGUCGCUAGGAAAAUGAAUGCAUAUGGCGAGAUGAUACAAAUGGAGUACACAUCAGAUAUAUGACUAUUAGAUCUAGUU